AAUAUCACUCUUCAUGGGCAGGGGGGCCCUAACCAGCACCAGCAGACCCACUCAAGAAUGGCCAACCACGACGGCAGCAUAGUGAUCCAGCAGGCACUGCCUUCUCCUCAGUCCAGUUCUGUCAUCACUCAAGCCCCUUCCACCAACAGACAGAUUGGGCCAGUGCCUGGUUCCCUUUCCUCGUUGUUGCACCUGAGGAACAGACAGCGACAGCCACUGCCGGCCUCCAUGCCUGGCACAUUGCCUGACCCGACUAUGCAAGGAUCGUCUGCUGUUCUGAUGCCUAUGGAGAGGCAAAUGUCUAUGGGCUCCAACAUGAUGGGCAUGCAAGGCCCCGCCCACAGCAGCUCAUGCUCCUCCCCUCAUGUUCCAUCCAUGCACUCAGAGGCAAAGCUGAGACUGAAAGCUGCCCUUGCCCACCAUCCAGGGGGCAUGGCGAAUGGCAGCAUGAACUCCAUGGGUCAUAUGAUGGAGAUGAUGCCAUCGCGGCAGGAUCAGGCCAGUCACCACCACCUGCACUCUCACCCUCACCAGCACAUGCAGGGUCCGCCCCACGGAUACCCACACCAUGCCCACCACCACCCCGGCCAUGCACAGAGCGUCCAUCACCACCCACAAAGCCACGGGCACCACAACUCCCACCCGCCCCACCUGCACCCUGCACAUGGACAUCAGACCUCUCCACACCAACCCAUGCACUCUGCUGCUUCACAGUUAUCUCCAGCUGCGCAGCAAAUGCAUCCGACGCAGACCCUUCAGUCCCCGCCGCCCAGCGGAGGUCGUCGUAGACGGGUCGUGGACGAAGACCCUGACGAGCGCCGGAGGAAGUUCCUGGAGAGGAAUCGCGCGGCCGCCACACGCUGCAGACAGAAGAGGAAAGUGUGGGUGAUGUCGCUAGAAAAGAAAGCAGAGGAGCUCACCCAAACCAACAUGCAGCUGCAGAACGAGGUCACCAUGCUAAAGAACGAGGUGACACAACUGAAACAGCUUUUAUUGACACAUAAGGACUGUCCCAUCACCGCCAUGCAGAAAGACUCUCAAGGUUACCUCAGUCCAGAGAGCAGUCCGGCAAGAAGUCCCACCCCUGUAACCCAGCAGCAAGUCAUCCAGCACAAUACCAUCACCACCUCCAGCACAGCACCCAAUCACCGCACAGAUAUUAACUCCAUCCACUAGAGACUCCACCCCUGACGCCCCCCACCACGCUGGACAUCCCUACUGCAAAUUCUGGGCAGACACACACACCUCUGUGCCUCUGUGGCAGCUUAUUAUUCUGUUUGUGAUUUGUAAAUGUAAACUGAUUACCAUUUUGUUUAGUUCUGUGUCUGCAUAGGGAGUCUGCAUAAAUCAUCGGGCACCAUCUCACUUGUCAAGGACAUCAUUAAUGGAAACGCAACAGUUACAUCUGUUCCUGGAUUACUACUGGACCACUGCCUUUACAAAUUACAGAAUUCAGAUAGCUGGAUAGCUUUUGCUAUGAAUUUUCCAUUGCCAAAAAGAUGCUGUCCUUUUCCUUUCUGUUUAUUGUUAUAACAAUUACUCUCACAUUCCCCUUUUUAUCAAAUUCAAAAGGAUAAAUUAGGAAGGUCAGUCUCCAUUGGGAGUUCCUAAUGAAAGUAACCUGAAGCAAUAUGAAUCUCUGACAUGCUCAGCAAUCUGAUUGUCUUCACUUGCUCGCUCGGACCAGAAUCUAGAUCAGAUUAAGUUCAACCUAUUAGCGCCUGUCAUUUCAGAUAUAAUUUCAAAAGUUAUCUUCGUAAAACAAAACAGCUUUCACUCCUAAGAUGGUACAGAUCAUGUAAAUGGAAUGCAUUUAUCAAGCUCACACCGGCUUCUGUGAUCAUAUGCCCUGCUGAACAUGUGUGAGAUUUCGGAGUAUUACCAGAGUGGCGAGAUCACAGCUGCAAUAGUGUUGCACCAGGAAGACAUCUCACUUGGCGUUCGAACGUUUCAGAAGACACCAUCAGCUGUUUCAUUUUAAGCUGGUGUAACUUCUACUCAGAUCUACCCCUGGGCUAGUUUGCAUAUUACUUCUACUGGCAGUUCAUUUCGGUAUCUGUUUCGGAUCAGCGAGUGGACUAAGUAUUACGCACAUACUUCAAUACAUUUUUAUGUAUGUUUUGUGCUCAUAUGUGGGCCUUCCAACCACAUUCAAAACACUCCAUUUAAUCUUGAACCAGAAUAAUGCCAUGGAAAACAUUUGGAAGCUUUUGCUUUACCUGAGGCUAUGGAAAACUUCCACUGAAGCCAAAUGCAUUGUUAAAUGCUACUUAAAAUUAGCUUUCAUUUUGGCUUGAAGUAUUGUUUAGAUCUUCCUUGGGCAUUCUGACUGUGAGGUAAAUUAAAUUUAAUAGGAUUAAAUGUAAUAGGAUAUAUUUUGAUACAUCCCAGUUCAUAGUCCUGGUUUGUUUGGUGCCUAGGAAAUCAUAUGAGGCUUCCUUCUUGACAUGGACCAUGGUAAAUUCUGCACUUGACUAUAGUACUUAGGAAACUGCCAGGCUCCAUCAAAGGUUCUGGAAAUGUGCUGUUGAUUUUGAGAUGUUACUAUUACUGUAAGGGGCCGUUCACCAAGAAUGCAUUUUCGCGUUUAUAAAAUGCAAAAGGCAGGUUCUCAAGAUUCGUUUGCACUUCGUACAACUUGACAAGGAGCAGAGACAUGCAGUGCAAUGCCAUUUUGUUGGCUGUCUCAAUCACAAAUCCUUCCAGUGCACUGGAAUGUUUGCUUCUUAAAAAAAUCUCACAAUGCACCACAAAACCAGGGCACAUUUAUGGCUACUGUGUUCCCUUACCAGAGAAUACAUCCCAUUUUCUGAACCGCCUCAACUCAGUACAUAUCAUUACACGAUAGAAGUUUUGAUGGUGGCAUUUUACAACUCAGAAACAGUGUCUCAAUGUGUAAUGAGCCAGUGAUCUUACCAGUGCAUGAUACACUGAUUCACAACCUAGGGAGCUGAUUGAAACACACCCGAAUAAACGUCACGCAAUGGAACGUGAAAACGCAUUCUGUGUGAACUGCCCUAAUAAUAACAUUCCAAGGUGAACUUUGUAAGGGAUGUAUGGGCAAUGUCCCUUAUACCUCAUGAGUGUAUGAUCAUGGACCGUUGAGCUAUAAAGAUGGCCACUGUCACUUUAAAAUAUUGAGUCCUAAAUACCUUAAAGACGGUGACACACCAAACCAACAUUAAAGAACUAGCGGCGAUGAAAGGCGACUGUUGUUAUCUUCCAUCGCAUGUGUUUGGGCCAAAAAGUUGCCGCAAAGGCUAUAGCCAAAGGCCAGCUAGUAUGCACAUUCUGCAUACGCGUGAAAGGAAAUUACUUUCCAUACCAGCAGGUGGCAGUAGUUGGCAACAGUGUUCUGCAUUCAAAAAGGGAAACCGAACUACAGAUAUACAAACCGUAAACAAAGCAGUGCUUUUAAUUUACUUUAUUCCAUGUUAUUUCGUUGCCAUAUCAUUAUGAAAAUAUUUGCAUACCAGAAUGCUCAGGUAAGAUGUGAAAUUAGAACAGCCAUCUGUGUGCAGCCUCUUUGUUGUUUGCUUGCUUUCGUCACUUUUGUUUUUCUUCUUGUGCACUGGUUCGCUAAGCAAAGCAACCAAUCCAGCGCUACCUCACAACCAAUUUGUACGUACUUUACGAGGUGGCCAAUAUGUACAAAUGUGUAUGACUUCAUUCAUUCGAUUCUAUAUGAUUUCUGUGAGGGGUAGGUUUAGGGGCGGGGUUAAGGGUGGUCGUUCGUACGAAUUUGCCACCUCGUAAUAUGUGCAUGAAAUUUUUCACAAAAUGUACAAAUUCGUACUAGUGAGGUUGUAAGAAUUCAUAAUAAUUAGCCACCUAGUAAAAUAUCUACGAAUUGCUGUGAGAUUGAGUUGGCCAAUCAGAGUGAUCUUUCUCACCGACUCCCUGAGACUAAUUUAACAUGCUUAAUUGGCCAAAAAGACACAGACAGGGUCCGACUAGUGGUGACGGUGUGGAACUGACAUUGGCAGACGGCCGACUGUUGGCUUGGUGUGUCACGGACUUUAGUCGCAUUUUCCUUGUCUAAUUGCAAGUAAUGACACAAUUUGCUCCGCUUUUGUUUCUCUCCGAUGCGAAAAUGUAGCAAUUUACUAUUUCUACGCAGGUACUGAUCUAGAGACCAAUCUUCAUACUGCUUUCCAAAUGUCACUAUGUGCCUGAAUAUGUCUUAAGUACUCACAUAGAGAGGAAUGUCAGUCCUUAGUAAUACCUUGAUAUCAUUGCAUUUAUUUUCAAUUCAGGUUGAACUUUAAGGCCUUGACAUUGUUUAGCUUUUUUGUAAAGACUAAUUAUAAGUGUUUUAUUGUGGACACUGUUUUGUU